GAAGUUCUCUGGUUGUUCCUCUAACCUCUCAGGAAAAAAAAAAAAGCUACCCAAUCAUACUCUCAGACAAAAAACGAAAAACAUGGCACCUCUACUCUCUCUCUCCUCCUCCCUACGAGAGAGCAUCGCCGAGAGGCUUUCGAACUUUAGGAAAGAUGUGACUAUUGCAUCUAAGGAUUGUGAAAAAGGGGGCAUCGAUCCUAGGACGGCUGGACCUAGGAAAAGCCCUAGCCUGCUCUUCCGUCUCUGGAACGCUGUGGCGCGGUCCUCGCCGAAACCGUUCCGCCGGCCGAAAGAGGAAACUCCUCCGAAUGCUACGAAUAGGGUUGAGGAGAUGCCUUUUCCUGAUUUCGGAUUUCACCCGCUGCAGCCUUAUUACGUGCCUACUUCCAAGAUAAAGGAGCGGCGAGAGAAUCUGCUCCAUGAAGCUUCUGCCCUCAGAUUUAGUGCAGCUGGUGAUGGUUCGGCACUGGAUAACCAGGUUGCUCACAAAACCGCAACACCGGAUAUGGUUGCUGGGAGGCGACGGGAGGGGGAUUAUUUUAAGGAGUGCGGGAAGAACGUGAACCCUAGAAUUGGACUUGGAGAGAUUAAUAUUGAUGGUUAUUACCCCUGCUUUCUUUUUUUGCUUCACAUACUGACUGAUUUGAGUAGAAUUCCCCACGUUUAGGGAGGAUAACAACCACCACCACCUCCUCCACGGUGUGGGGGUUCCGCCUCUGAAGCCCUGGGAGAGAAGGGUGAGGGCGGUAAGUUGGACCGAUUCUAUAAAGGAGUACGCAGGGGGCUUGGGACAUGUCUGCCAUAGUGGGGAAAGGCCUAUCAGUGAUUGCUUCCGCAGCCUUACAACUAAGGAUUUUGGGGACGGAAACGUGGAUCCAGGUACGGAUCCCAAUACGGAGGACUCUGCUAGAGGGAUACCAACGCUACGCUUGUUGUGUUCUCAGACAGGUUUUGGGGAACGCCCUCAAUUUGAGCAGGGUCGCGAGGAUUUGAUGAAUGAUUGGGAGACAGCGACGCUUUUGAUGGAGGAGUUCUCCAGCGCCGAUCGCUCGGUAAGACGUUUGAAAAGGAAGAAGAUUGCUUUGGGGAUUAGGGAUAGGAAUAUUUUCAAGAGAAAAAGCGCUCCUGAAGAGCCUUUGGGAGAACACCAGAUGUGGAAGGAGGAGACUGGCGCUGAAGGCGAUGCCGUUUGUAGUAGCGGAGAGGAUGACUCGAGAGAUUCUGGAGAGCUUGAUAGCGACACAAAUAACCAAUAUUGAGAUUUGACCCUUACUGUUUUUAUGAUGGGAUUGCUUAUUCUCGUGGUGAAGGUGCAUUAUGAAUCUAGCCUUGGCCUCAUAUCUUAUCCUAGUCUUUUUUCCUCUGAAAUUCUGCUCUGAUUUCUUUUGCCUGAGUUUAUUUUAAGGGGUACAUACCCUUUUAUGGCCCGGGUUUGGUAUGAUAGGUUUGUUUGU